UCAUUCGCUGCAAAUCUUCCAUUCAUUCCACGGUAUUGGCAAGAAGGUGUUUAAGGUUUAGGUCUAAGCGGAGCUUCACAUCGAGUUACAUCAAAGUUUUUUUUGGCAUCUUCAGGAUGGAUAAUCGUAAUGCUUUGGUGAUGAUAGCUGGAUGCAUAGCCAUCAACAGUGUGAUGUGUCUGCUAGGAUUCCCAGGAGGACUUGCAAACAUUGGGAAGACAAAACGCGAUUGGGUGUUUCUCAAUGCGAACUUGAAAGCUCUUUGUAUCUCCAUGACUGUGUUUGUUGUUGGAAUGAGUGCGGGGCCCACAUUCUGGAAAAAGAUCGAGAAGCGUGCAAGAUAUGCCAUGCUUAUUGCAAUUGCUGCUAUGGCGAUAGCUGUUCAUGAAAUUGUUCUUAGGAUUAUAGGGGACGACUACUGGUUGAGGCUUUUUGCUAAUUGGUCCUGUUCUGUGAUCGUGCAUUUCAUUUGUGGUGUCAUCUUCUUUCUCAGGUGUGGCUAUUGGAUCAUAUAGAGACGAUGUUGGUGCGUUAUUAUGAUCAGUUAACAAUCAACUCGAUCUAAUCAUCUGUUGGAUGCUUUUGAAUUGUGAUGUCAACUCUUCUUUCACACUAUUGACUAUUGAGUAUUAGUUUGGAUAUGUGGCUAGACCAAAUUAGUUUUUUAUUUUGUUUACGUUUUAGGAAAUGUUAUGGAAUCAACAAGUGAACUUUUCAUUUUCUUCCAAUUUAGUCGACCAUUUACCAAGAAGACCUAGUUUACUAAAAA